GUUCUCGAGGACAUCCGGGGCAUAACAUUGCAGUCGAUUGGUAAUUCGUACUUCAGUCGCAUGCAGGCAACUCUCCAUUGCCGGUGCAGAUAUGGCUCUGCUUGAAACCCAGUGGAUCAAUGUGCAGCAGAAGACCUUCACGAAAUGGUUAAAUAGUAAGGUGCAUGCUCGACAAGUCGAGGUACAAGACCUGGUCAAAGACCUUAGCGAUGGAGUCAUCCUCGUCCACCUCCUCGAAAUCCUCGGCAACGAAUCCCUAGGUCGCUACGCCGCGAAACCGAAGCUCCGCGUCCAGAAGUUCGAAAACGUCAACAAGGCCCUCGACUACAUCCGCAACCGCAGCAUCCAGCUGACCAACAUCGGCGCCGAAGAUGUCGUCGAUGGGAACCGCAAGAUCAUCCUGGGGUUGAUCUGGAUGCUCAUCCUGCGGUUUACCAUCAGCGAUAUCAACGAGGCGGGACUGAGCGCGAAAGAGGGGUUGCUGCUCUGGUGUCAGCGGAAGACGGCAUGUUAUGAUGAGGUGGACGUGCGCGAUUUCUCGUCAAGUUGGAACGAUGGGCUAGCAUUCUGUGCCCUCCUCGACAUCCACCGCCCCGACCUCAUCGACUACGACAAACUCGACAAAUCCGACCACCGCGGCAACAUGCAGCUCGCCUUCAAGCUCGCCUCCGAAGAAAUCGGCAUCCCGGAUCUCCUCGACGUCGAGGACAUCUGCGACGUCCCCAAACCCGACGAACGCUCGCUGAUGACCUACAUCGCAUACUGGUUCCACGCCUUCUCACAGAUGGAGCACGUCGAGAACUGCGGGCGCCGCGUCGAGAAGUUCGUGUCGAACACGCAGGGCGCGUGGGAGAUGCAGAACUCGUUCGAGCAGCGGAUGCGGGCGCUGCUGGAGCAGAUUCGACGGCAGAUGCAGGUGUGGGCGGAGGGGCGGUUCGAGGGGACGUAUGCGGAUGCGAAGCGGCAGUUGGGGCAUUUUAAUCAGUAUAAGCGGGAGCAAAAGCGGAAAUGGGUGGCGGAGAAGUCGGAUUUGAACGGGUUGUUGGGGAACAUCAAGACGAAGUUGGCGACGUAUCGGCUGCAGCCGUAUGAUCCUCCGCAAGAGUUGAGUUUGGAUGCGUUGGAUGCGGCGUGGGUACGGCUUGCGAGGGCCGAGCAGGAGCGCAGUCAAAUCAUCAACGAAACGAUCCGAAAAAUCAAAGACUCCCUCCGCAAAUCAUUCGCCCACAAUGCCAACGAGCUGGCCCUCACCCUUUCCACCAUCUCCAUGUCGAUAUCGGCCUUGGACGGCGACGUCGACGACCAACUCCGCCACGCCAAAGCCAUGAGCGAGAACAUGGCCCCCCUCGACAGCUUCCUCACCUCCCUCGCGAACCUCGACCGACAGUGCGUCGAAGCCAACAUCGAAGAAAACGACGACACCAUCUACACGUACGAUGAUCUCGAGUACGAGCUCGAGCUCGUCAAAUCCAGCGUCUCCAAAAAGAUCGCCUUCCUCGAGAACCAGCUCGUCGCGCGCAAUAUGACCAACCUGACCCCGAUCCAGCUCGAGGAGUUCGAGUCGGUGUUCCGGCACUUCGACCGGGACCUCAACAACACGUUGACGGAGCUGGAGUUCAGCGCGGCGUUGGCAAGCUUGGGGAUCGCGUACGACACGGAUGAGAUGCACGCGAAGUUCCUGCAGACGAGCGGGGGGAAGAGCAAGGUGACGUUUGAGCAGUUCAUUCGGUUCAUGGUGGACGUCACGGAGGAUCAGCAUACGGCGGAGCAGGUGUUUGAGAGUUUUAAGGUGCUGGCGGACGGCAAGCCAUAUGUCACGGAACUCGACCUGCGGCUCGCGCUCAUCGCGGACGACGUCAUCGACGAGCUGGUCAAGGCGAUGCCGGCGCAUCGGGGGCCGGACCUCGAGGAGGAUCGCAGCCGGGAGAAGUUCGAUUACAUUACGUUCAUGCAAGGGAUGAUGGGGCCGGACGGCAAUGGGGCGCGAAGCAAUGGACACUGAGGGGCGACGUCUUUAGGUUUCUCAAGUCGCGAGGGAGAACAACUCCUUCUGAGCGGCGCAGGAGAGUAUGAGAUUAUCGGUAGGUUGGCUACGGCGAAGGAGAUUAGUGAUACCACACGCCAGUACGAGCCGGCACAUCGACGGACUGGAUCUUUCGAUUCAUACUUAGGAACAGAGGCAUCAUCACCGGUCGGGUU